AUGGUAUUUCUACGGUCUCUAUCUCGUCAUCUAUCCAGCCCCGCCUCCUCCCUGUUCGCGGGCAGAUCUAUAGGCGCCUCUGGCAUCCCCCGCGCCGCCUCUGCUUCGCCUCUGCUUUCCAAUGUGUCAUCACUGUUGCCUCGUCUUCUCCCUCUAUUUGGAGUUAGAACACUGACCGCAUCUCCUAAACUUCAGGGUAAAGUUUUGUUGGUUUUGUACGAUGGGGGUGAACACGCGAAGCAGCAGCCCGGUCUGCUCGGGACCACUGAGAACGAGCUGGGCCUGCGCAAGUGGCUAGAAGACAAGGGACAUACCCUCGUCACCACGUCUGAUAAGGAGGGCCCAGACUCCAAAUUUGAAAAGGAACUCGUCGAUGCGGAGGUCAUCAUUACCACCCCCUUCCACCCGGGCUACCUGACCGCCGAUCGCCUCGCCAAAGCCAAGAACCUCAAGCUCGCCAUAACCGCCGGCGUAGGUUCCGACCAUGUCGACCUCAACGCCGCCAACAAGACAAAUGGUGGCAUCACUGUCGCCGAGGUAACAGGCUGCAACGUCGUCUCCGUCGCCGAGCAUGUCGUCAUGACCAUCCUCGUGCUCGUGCGCAACUUCGUCCCCGCCCACGAGCAGAUUGCCGCCGGUGACUGGAACGUCGCCGCCGUAGCUAAGAACGAGUAUGACCUCGAGGGCAAAGUCGUUGGGACUGUGGCCAUUGGACGCAUUGGGGAGAGGGUGCUGAGGAGGCUGAAGCCGUUUGAUUGUAAGGAGUUGCUGUAUUACGACUAUCAGCCGUUGAGUCCAGAGGUGGAGAAGGAGAUUGGGUGUCGCAGGGUGAGUACGUUGGAGGAGAUGUUGGCGCAGUGUGAUGUUGUUACGAUCAAUUGCCCAUUGCAUGAGAAGACGAGGGGACUGUUUGAUAAGAAUCUCAUCGCGAAGAUGAAGAAGGGCUCCUGGCUUGUCAACACCGCCCGCGGCGCCAUCGUCGUCAAAGAAGACGUCGCCGAAGCCAUCAAAUCCGGCCAUCUACGCGGCUACGGCGGUGACGUCUGGUUCCCCCAACCCGCACCCGAAGACCACCCGCUCCGCUAUGUCCAGGGACCUUGGGGAGGCGGUAAUGCGAUGGUCCCGCACAUGUCUGGCACGUCCAUUGAUGCGCAGGUUAGAUACGCGGAGGGCGUGAAGAGCAUUUUGGACGAGUACUUUUCUGGCCGGCAGAAUUAUAGGCCGCAGGAUUUGAUUGUGCACAAGGGAGAUUAUGCGACCAAGGCGUAUGGGGAGAGGAAUAAGAUGUGA